AUGGGAACGUACCUCAGACUAUGGACGAUUUAUCUGUUGAUAAAACUGUCGUGCGCCGGGAAAUCGGUGGACAUACUGACGUCCGAUAGACUGAAUACCUUGGAAGAGGAGGAUAUUAUUCGAGUGUUCUCCCGUAACAAAACCACCUCGUCCUCCAAUUACACAAUUAUUCAGCUGAUCGGCGACCUGAGGAACCAUACGAUCGAGACCAGCGAACAGACAUGGAAACCCCGGAUGUUCAAUGCUCAUAACACCAAUCUUCUCUACGGUGACUUUUCAGAAAAAAUCGACCGAGAGGCAAGGAGACUGCUACAAAUUCUUCCUGCAUACGAUCCUGGUGCUGGUCCCGUGAGUCCACAGUGCAAAAGGCAUGCCGAGAUUUUUCACCAAGAAUUGGCUAAAUUUACAUUAUGGGCUUUGAAAAUGUAUGAUGCAACCGCAAAAAUGCCGUCUGGCCUUCUAAACGGAAAUGUAAAUCAGUUUGGUGACUUCGACGAAUGCAUCGGGAUUCAAGGAAGUGAAGGAAUUCAAGGACAAUACUGUUUAACGUACCUACAACUGACCGUUGAUGAGUCGCGGUUAGACCUUAGACACAUCCAUCGUCUCUUGCACUCUCACUAUGCAUUUAGAAGUAACAUUACGGAUCCUGGACAUCGAGUUCCUCGGUUUAGCAUAAUAAAUUGGGGAGUGUGUACACCAGCAACAUGUACCGCAAAGGACGUUGAAACAGCCGUUCGCGAUGUCCUUACAAGAUACACUUCGCAAACUGGUAUUAAAGUUACAGUAAAAGUGAAUGAAGAAAUGUGUCAGGUGAAGAGGAAGGAGCUACCAAAGGAAACUAUGUACGCCAGUUUGUUCUUUAUGACUAUUCUGGCACUGACAAUCGUGGCGGCAUAUUAUGAUCAUUACAAAAUACCUGCCAGCGAACUACUCUUAUCGUUUUCCUUAAAACGUAAUUUCAAGAAGCUUGUGUCAUUAGAGCGAGGACAAAAUGAUAUAGCAACGCUUCAUGGCAUUCGGGCAAUAAAUGCUCUAAUGUUGCUUUUAGCUCAUAAAAGCAUGGCCCUGUUUUUUAAUCCAUACACAAAUAGAACAGAAAUGAGUGAGUACCUUGGCAAACCGUGGACAGUCAUAGGGAGAGCUGCAAGUCUUUAUACUGAUCCAUUUAUAAUGCUUUCUGGACUUCUAACAUCAUACUGUUUCGUUGGAAAAUUAAGAAGAACUGGAAAUUUAAAUGUUAAGGAUGAAUACAUAUCUCGUUUAAUCAGAUUGGUACCAUCUUUAGCAGCGCUAAUGGUGCUUUGCACUUAUGUAAUACCUUAUGUUGGUUCUGGACCACAGUGGAACUUGGUAGUAACUGAGCAUGCAAAUAUAUGUAAACGAACUUGGUGGAGAAAUUUCCUAUUUAUACACAACUACUUUGGAUUUGAGUCAAUGUGUUUAACUCACACACACCACUUAGGUAUAGACACUCAACUUUUUAUCCUUUCACCUAUGAUGGUACUACUACUUUAUAAAACACCAAAGACUGGAACUAUUAUUCUUACACUAUGUGCUGUGUUUUCAACAUUAUUGCGGUAUUUUGUAACACAUUUCAAACAACUGAAUAAUUAUGUAUUCUUUGGCACGUCAAUAAAACAAUUGUUUGACACUGCAGACUUCUCAUAUACCUUGCCAUCGCAUAGACUGACAGUAUAUAUAAUAGGAGUAUUGGUCGGUUAUUUAUUAAGAUAUUUACCUAGAGAUUACAAGAUAAACAGAGUAACUUUAUAUGCAGGCUGGAUCCUGUGCAUAAUAAUGUUCUGUUGUGCAUUUUUUGGACCUGCACGCAUGGGGUCUAUAGAUUACAUCUAUGAUCCGCUACACGCUGCUCUGUACAAUGCAUUCGCUCCUAUCGGAUGGUGUGCUCUUUUUGCUUGGGUAACUAUAAUGCACCAUAGUGGAAAUACGAAUGUUGCUAUUGAUCAUCUGAACACUACAAGAUAUAAUGGAAACAACCCAGUCAGCCAAACCGGCCAAACCUGUAAAGUCAGAUUGUGUCCAAUGCCUGUUAAGAAGGUUUUGCAAUCAGAUUGGCAUACGGAAAUUGGCAGCAAAUUAGCAGCAAGUUUUUCAAUAUAG